AUGGUCGUCUUCACCAUUGUGGGAAACAUCAUGGUCAUCAGCGUGCUGACCAGUCGGUCCCUUCGAGGUCCACAGAAUCUGUUUUUAGUGUCCCUGGCUGCAGCGGACAUUUUAGUGGCCACACUUAUCAUCCCCUUCUCAUUGGCCAAUGAACUGUUGGGCUACUGGUACUUCAAAUCUCUGUGGUGUGAAAUCUACCUGGCACUGGAUGUUUUGUUUUGCACCUCGUCCAUCGCUCACCUAUGUGCUAUCUCGUUGGACCGCUACCUGUCAAUCUCCCGUGUCACCUAUGGCCGUCAGCGGACUCCGAGACGCAUCAAAGCUGCCAUCGUGGUGGUGUGGCUCAUGUCAGCCAUCAUUUCUUUCCCUCCACUGCUGUCUCUGAACAAAAGUGAGCCUGGAUCAGAUGAGCUUGAGAGGGGACCUCAGUGCCAGCUGAACGAUGAACGCUGGUAUAUUCUUUAUUCCACCAUCGGCUCCUUCUUUGCUCCGUGUCUCAUCAUGAUCCUGGUCUAUGUAAGAAUCUACCAAAUUGCCAAGCAAAGAACACGGUGCCCGCCGGGUGAACCCAGGAAAGAUGGGGUGGGCUGCGCCACGCCAAAUCAGCCUUCGCGACAUGCACAUGCCAACGGGAAGGAUGAUGAAGACAGCACCCCACCUUCAACAAAGAAAACUUCCAAUGCCAGACCCCUACCUUGGCCAUCACUCCCUCUCCUUCCCAAAAGCGGCUCCUCAUCCUCCUCUAACCCCACCCGAAUACUCUCCUGCAACCCUCCAUCCCCCUCGCCAGCCUUGACUCCGGGCUCAGACACCCUCCCUACAUCUCCCACCCAGCUUCCUCCACCUAAUCUGCCUCAGUCUGCCCCUGCCAAGACCAAAGGCCAAGGCAAGAAGACCAAGUACCUGGGAAGGAAAAAAGCUGACAACAACAAUGGCGACAGCUCAAGCACAGAGAGUGACAUUGAGCACAGCCAUGGUGGGACAGAGGCAGCACCAGCAUGGCAGGGUUCACCCGCUGGUGGGGGUGUCCACUCCCCCUCCGCCCAGCGCUACCGCAACAUGAUGGCCACUUCCAAGGGAGCUCGGCUGGUGCCAGGGAGGAAAUCCAAAUCGGAGAGCACCCAGGAAGCGGCCAGACGUAGCAUGGUGAACCGGGAGAAACGUUUCACCUUCGUGCUGGCCGUGGUGAUAGGUGUUUUUGUGGUCUGUUGGUUCCCCUUCUUCUUCUCCUACUCACUACAGGCAGUGUGCCCUGAUACCUGCACCCUUCCCGAACCCCUCUUUAAAUUUUUCUUCUGGAUUGGCUACUGCAACUCUUCACUGAACCCGGUUAUAUACACUAUCUUCAACAAAGACUGAAAGGCCUUCAAAAAGAUAUUGGGCAUGGACACAAAGGGGACAUUCUUCUAG